UUUCCCUUAAGUCUUAUCCCUAAUUCUUAGAAAUGGCCAGCCAGCCUUUGUGGCAAUCAAACAUGGUAGUUUCACAUAUUGAUGAAAGUAUCAUCACCGAAGAAGUUAUAGCUACACAUGAUUCGGAUAGCAAAGACUUUGAAGCCGAUUCGUAUAGCAUCCUCUAUUCUAUCCUGCUGUUAAUAAACGGGUUGCAAUUGGAGUUUUAUGAUGUGGAAUCUGAUGAUGAGGAGUCUAAUGAGGAAGAUGAGGAAGAUGAGUCUGAUGAGGAAGAUGAGUCUGACAGUGAUGAAGAGUCUAAAGAGGAGGCAUCCAAAGACGAGCAAUCUAAUGAGGAUGAAUCUUACGACAAGAAAUCUAAUGAGGAUGAAUCUUAUGACAAUGAAUCUAAUGAGGAUGAAUCUUACGAGGAUGAAUCUUACGAUGAGGAAUUUAAUGUGGAAGAAUUUAUGUAUCAAAUAAAGCGAUUUUCCUUUGAGAUAGCAUCAAAGUGUGGACAAAGUGCAAAUCCACAUUCAACUGUAAUCUACUUUUUGAAAAUGUUGUCCACAUAUACAUGGGAAGCCAAGCUUCUCAUAAUGCUGGCUGCUUUCUCCAUCAACAUUGGAGAAUUCAACCUUGUCCACAGUCACAAGGGAUUAGCCAGUAAAUUGACAAAUAUCAAUGGAUGUGAUAGUGCAGUGGCUCCCUCCCAUAUCUACCAAUCACUUACCCAGUUUAUCAUAUCACUCAUAUAUCUUACUAUCAGCAUUGUUGAGCUUGCGCAAUCAUCUUCUUACAAUUUGUCACCAGUCGUACCAGUUGCUUGCUAUUGGAUCAUCACAAGUAUCCUUACUUGUGCACCCUAUUUCGCUCCCUUUCUAAAGGCAAAUUCAGAGUGGCUUAUUGCUAAUGGAAAUCAACUCUCCAGCUUAACUACAAAAAUCAACGACUUAAUCACUUAUUGCCACCAAAUACUAGAGAAGAAGAGAGAAGAGGAAUCUUACAAAGCAUUGUGGGAUGCAUUUUCGGAUGAGAAUGAGAUCCCUUCUACUAAUUUGGAUGUCCUCAAAUUACUAUUCAAUGUCAAUGAUGGUGACGAGAAACCCAUUUAUGAUGGUGCUAGAGAAGAAUUGGUAGAGUUCCAUUUGUUGGAGAAUAAGAGCUUGUUAUUGUUAAUAUCAUCAAGCCUUAAUAUUGAUGAAUACUUAUGGGAAAUACUUAUUGGGCUUCGGUGGACAACUGAGUUACCUGUGUUCUGGAUCCCAAUAUUGGAUGAUUGUCCUGCAUUAGGGGAUACUAAAAUUUUGAAAAAACAGUAUAGAGAUUUAGCGGAUAGAGGAAGUUUAGUUAUAGCGAGAAAUUUAAAAAAAGUUGUGACACCAAGAUUCAUAAGAUUUGUCAAAGAGAAAUUCUUCCCAGAAUUCCAAAUAGGGGGCGAGCCUAUAAUUGUUUCAUUGGAUCAUCACGGAAGGAUUGUUCACCGCAAUGCAUUGCACAUGAUAUUGAUGAGAGCUAUAGACUUUUUUGAAAGGAUUUCUACUAUUGUUAGUAAAGGACAUAGAAGAAUUCCUUUAUUAAAGGAUAUGCUCAGGGAAAAGACUUCAGCUCUUCGAGAUUUUGUGCCUGAUAUUGAUAAGCGGAUAAGCAAAUUUGCAGAUAAAACAAAUAAGAAAAUAAAUGCUUGGUUACGUCGAAUUGAGGAGAAAGUAAAAAAUCCGAUUUACAGCAAUAUUUACACCAGAGAGAGGGAAAAUGAUCUAUGGAAGGAGAAGGAAGUAAGUUGGUGCACUAAGCUUAUGGCAAGUAGGCAGGGCAGUCCAAUAAACAAGUGGGCAGAUAAGAAGAAUUACAUUUUUUUUAUUGGAGGGAAUAGCAUACACUGGGUUAAAAUAUUUGUGUCCAAGGUAGUGUCACAAAGUCAAUUUAACUCAAAAUGGAAAAUUAAGAUGGCCUACAUUGGUAGCAACAUGGAAGUAGCAUCAGUGAUUAAUCGAGACGAGAUUUGCAUGGCACCAGAUGAUGAGUCAAGUAUAGCGUUCUUUUGGGCAAGGCUUCGAAGCAUAUUUUUGUCAAGGAUCAGAUUCUUAAAUGAGUCUCAUUGUGAUGAAGGGUGUGACGAAAUUGUGGAAGGACUAAAAAAGUUGCUAGCUUAUGAAGAUAAAGGGUUAGUAUCACCAGUUGAUGGAUGGGCUAUGCUGUGUAAGAGGAACAAGAUAGUUGUAUGUGACUUAGGAGAUAACAUGUUGACGGUCAUGAAUGAAUUCGAGAAAUGGAAGGAAAGUGCAAUAACCAAAGGCUUUGACCAAGCAUUCAAAGAUCAUCAUGAGAAGAAGUUUGCUGGUACUACUACUUAUGCCUCACAAUGUCACCCUUGUUGUGCUCUUGAUUAUCCAUCUAAUUUUGAUGAAGUUCCAAAGAACAUGAAAUGUCCCCAAUGUUGGUGCAAUAUGCAAAAAUUUGAAACUUUCAUGUGUUCUCAUGGCUAUGAUUCUAAAGUAGAUGAUGAUGAAGAUGACAAUGAAGAUAAUAAUGACAGUGAUGAUAGUGAUGGUGAUGAUGAUAUUCACUAAGAUAUACUUAGUUGAUAUCAACACAUUGUAUUUGCAUUUGUAUAUGAAGGUUAAACUUUUGCAUGCAAUUUAAUGCCUUUCAA